CGGGCAGUGGCGAGGCAAGGAGCGAGCCCCGAGCCGAUGCCAGGGGCUGCGCACCCGCGAGGAGCGCAGGACGAUGGCCCUGAACGCCAAGCAGCCCUUCGCCAUGCCCGCCGCCCUCCAGGAGCCCAAGUUCUCCAGCCUGCACGCCAGCGCGGAGGCGAUGCGCAGAGUUUGCCUCCCGGCCCCGCAGCUCCAGGGCAAUAUAUUCGGGAGCUUUGAUGAGAGCCUGCUGGCCCGCGCGGAGGCUCUGGCCGCCGUCGACAUCGCCCCCCACGCCAAGGGCCACCCCCACCACCACCACCACCACCACCACCACCACCCCCCCUUCAAGCCGGACGCCGCGUUCCCCGCCAUGAGCGGCGUCCCCUGCGCCGCCGCCGCCCUCCCGCUGCCCGCCGCGCUCCCGCACCCGCUCCCGCACCCGGCGCUGGACGGCGGCGACCUGCUGGAGCACCUCUCUUCGCCGCUGGCCGUCGGGGGGCUGCCCGAACCGCUGCCGCCGCCGCUGCCGCCCGCCGCCCCCCUGGCCCUGCCCGUGGGCCCCCCGGGGGGGCCGCCGCCGCCCGCCGCGCCCGAAGCGGGGUCGGACCCGCGGGAGCUGGAGGCCUUCGCGGAGCGGUUCAAGCAGCGGCGGGUGCGGCUGGGGGUGACCCAGGCCGACGUGGGGGCGGCGCUGGCGGCGCUGCAGCUGCCGGGGGUGGGCGCGCUCAGCCAGAGCACGAUCUGCCGCUUCGAGUCGCUGACGCUGUCGCACAACAACAUGGCAGCGCUGCGGCCUGUGCUCCAGGCCUGGCUGGACGGCGCCGAGGCCGCGCACCGCGACCGCGCCGCCGGCCCCGACCUGCUGCCGGGCGCCGAGCGCAAGCGCAAGCGGACCUCGAUCGCCGCGCCCGAGAAGCGCUCGCUGGAGGCGUUCUUCGCGCUGCAGCCGCGGCCCUCCGCGGAGAAGAUCGCGGCCAUCGCCGAGAAGCUGGACCUCAAGAAGAAUGUGGUGCGCGUCUGGUUCUGCAACCAGCGGCAGAAGCAGAAGCGCAUGAAGUACUCGGCGGUGCACUGA